UAGAUUUUCAUUUUCCCGUUUCUUCCCUCAAAUCAGAUUUCUCAGAAACCAAAAACCCUCAAUCCUCAAAAUCUCUCAAGAAAAAAUAAUCUCUUUGAUUUCCGCAAGCAAAAUCAAGCGAAAAUGGUGUUAGCACAAUUAGGAGGGAGUAUCUCCCGGGCGAUACAGCAGAUGAGCAAUGCGACGAUAAUCGACGAGAAGGUUUUGAACGAAUGCCUGAACGAAAUCACGAGGGCUCUUCUUCAGUCCGAUGUUCAAUUCAAGCUCGUUCGUGAUAUGCAGACUAAUAUUAAGAAAAUCGUCAAUCUUGAUGAUCUAGCCGCCGGUCAUAACAAGCGCAAAAUCAUCCAACAGGCAAUUUUUAAUGAGCUUUGUAAGAUGUUGGAUCCUGGGAAGCCGUCUUUUACUCCAAAGAAAGGGAAAACAAGUGUUGUGAUGUUCGUCGGUUUACAAGGGUCUGGGAAAACAACAACAUGUACAAAGUAUGCAUAUUAUCAUCAGAAAAAAGGUUGGAAACCAGCUCUAGUCUGUGCUGAUACAUUCAGAGCUGGUGCUUUUGAUCAGUUGAAGCAGAAUGCCACUAAAGCUAAGAUUCCAUUUUAUGGAAGCUACAUGGAAUCAGAUCCUGUGAAAAUUGCUGUGGAAGGUGUGGAGAGAUUUAAGAAGGAAAAUUGUGAUCUUAUAAUUGUUGAUACUAGUGGGCGCCAUAAACAGGAGGCUGCUCUGUUUGAGGAAAUGCGUCAAGUCUCUGAAGCAACGAAACCAGAUCUUGUUAUUUUUGUUAUGGAUAGUAGUAUAGGUCAAGCUGCCUUUGAUCAAGCUCAAGCAUUUAAACAAAGUGUUGCAGUCGGUGCUGUGAUUGUGACCAAAAUGGAUGGUCAUGCCAAGGGUGGUGGUGCUCUCAGUGCGGUUGCUGCAACUAAGAGUCCUGUCAUAUUUAUAGGAACUGGAGAACACAUGGAUGAGUUUGAAGUCUUUGAUGUUAAACCAUUUGUAAGCCGUCUUUUAGGCAUGGGUGACUGGUCUGGAUUCAUGGACAAAAUUCAUGAAGUUGUUCCCAUGGAUCAACAACCUGAACUUCUCCAAAAGCUUUCAGAAGGGAACUUUACCUUAAGGAUUAUGUAUGAGCAAUUUCAGAACAUACUCAAAAUGGGUCCAAUUGGGCAGGUCUUCUCAAUGCUUCCAGGAUUUAGUGCUGAAUUAAUGCCGAAAGGUCGUGAAAAAGAAAGCCAGGCAAAGAUCAAGCGCUACAUGACCAUGAUGGACUCAAUGACAAAUGAAGAGUUGGAUAGCCCAAACCCAAAGCUCAUGAAUGAGUCAAGGAUGAUGCGGAUAGCACGGGGAUCUGGUCGUCAUAUUCGAGAGGUAAUGGAAAUGUUGGAGGAGUACAAGCGCCUUGCUAAGAUAUGGAGCAAGAUGAAGGGGCUUAAAAUUCCUAAGAAGGGUGAAAUGAGUGCCUUGUCUCGUAACAUGAAUGCGCAGCACAUGAGCAAGGUUCUCCCUCCACAGAUGCUAAAGCAGAUCGGUGGCAUGGGUGGCUUGCAGAACUUGAUGAAGCAAAUGGGUUCUGCCAAAGACAUGAUGGGGAUGUUUGGAGGUGGGGAAUAGUAACUAUUAUACACGACUCUGACCUUGUACUAUCAAAUUCACUUGGCUGCUACCGCUUGACUCCCUGGUGAAGACUGAAGACAUCUGCAUCCCCAGACCCCAAGCAAGUCCUUGUGCAAAUUGUGUUUUCAGGAGAUUUUAUUUCUUGCAGGCUAAUGCAUUUUGAUUUUGAUUUUUUUUUUUCCCAUUUCUCAACUUCCUUCAACAUUUAGAAUUAACAGUAAUUUUUCUCUUUUUGUACGUAUUUUAGAUGAUCAAAGAAAGAGUGCAUGGUAUUGAGCAAUGGCCAUUCAUAGAUUGACCACUGAGUUAAACACUCAAGUGCAGAAUUGAAAUAAGUUUGAAAUGGUGAAGCAAAGUUUUCAUCAUGUACAAAAAUAACUUAUUAAUGAGAUUAUAUCUUUUGAGUCA